UUUCGCCGGCGGAAUCCCUGGGCGGCCCAUCUUCGCGUGGAUCUCGCCGACGACAUUGUUCGCAGAGUUCCAACUACAUCUCUCUGACUUACAGGCGCUCCUUUCUCAGGGUUCCGCGACGCCAAAGAUGCCUGGAGCGCACUCAACCUACUACGACCGCCGGCUGCGCCAAGGCCAGGCCCUCAUCCGCGCCAGGCGGCCAUAUCUCGUCAAGAACACCGUCACGGGGCUGGGCCUGAUGGCCAUCGUCGGAGGCAUAUACUACUACACACUAAACGCAGUCGGACAGGAUGACUUUGAAGACGUCAAGGUCCCCGAGGCUCCGAGGAAACCCACAACGGCCAAGUAACGUCGCCACCACUACAGCAGAAGCGAUGCAGAUACCUCAUCACAAAGUCAUAUGAUGGGACUGCCGCCUCAUCGAAGGACACUGCACUCUCGAUCACGAGCGGUAGGGUCAGCCAGCCUUUUUGACACCAGCAACGCCUAGCGCGGUGUUCCUCAUUCAUGCCAUCUCCCAUCCUCACAAUCACCGCCUAGGCGGUUCAAAAUUUCAUAUAUCAUGUACAAUACCCAGCAUGUACCCUUUCCCACAAUUUGUACGAGUAACGCCUCAAUCACGGUACAGUCCGUUUGUACAAAGGGCAAGUCGUGUCAAGCAGCCCCAUGUCUUCCGUACAAUGAUCAUGUCCCG